AUGAAAAUAAUACAAGUAUAUGCCCCUACAUCCGACCACAGCGAUGAAGAGAUCGAGAGCCUAUACGAAGACAUCGAAACGGCUAACCAAGAAACAAAAUGUCACUACACCUUCAUAAUGGGGGACUUCAACGCUAAGGUCGGUAAACAAAUGGAUGACUCGGAGACAGCGAUGGGAAAUUUCGGCUCGGAAGGCAGAAACGAGCGAGGACAAAUGCUAUUAGACUUCCUACACCACCACAACUUACACCUAAUGAAUACCUACUUCAAGAAGAAACCGCAAAGAAGAUGGACGUGGAUAAGCCCCGACGGAAGAACAAAAACGAGAUAG